AUGUUCAAAUUCGACUUUGACAUUGAGGACGCAGACGACGAAGUCGUGAUCCCCCAGACCGCCGCCCAGGCCAGUGCCGCGGGCUCGUGCAGCAACGCCGCCGCUCAGACGAGCCGUGCUCCUCCUCAGCCCAGCCACAGCAUCUCGCUCGCAGACCUCAUCAAGACCCUCCCUGCGUCCUUUUCGUACACCCCGCUCGCCCACCCCUGCGGCGCAGAGCGCGCCCCCCUCCUCCGCCGUGACCUGUUCGACGCGCGGUUCCAGCUCGCGCAGGACGGCCACGACGCCGAAGACGAAGUCGAGUCGCCCGAUGCCGAGUCCACUCCCAAGGCCGCCGCUUCGGAGGAGCCCAAGGAGGGCGCCGAGUAUGUCGAUGCCGACACGGACCUCGUUCCGGGGACAUACGAGGGCGGCCUGAAGAGCUGGGAGGGUGGCCUGGACCUCGUCGAGGUUCUGGCUGCCAACGUUGCUGGCGAGGCGCAGGGCGACCAGGACGAGGACAAGCAGAUCGCCAACUGGGUCCGCGGUGCGCGUGUGCUCGAGGUCGGCUGCGGAACCGGUCUCCCCAGCGCAUACCUCCUCCGCGCCCUGCUCUCGACCCCUGCCACGGCAGACCAGAAGCGCACCACUCUCCAUUUGCAAGACUACAACCUCCCCGUGCUCUCGCUUGUGACCCUGCCCAACCUCGUCCUCGCGGCUCUCCGCGCCCUGCCCGCCGACGUCCUGGCGCAGGCCACCACGACCGAUGUCGAGGUGAUCCAGGAGAUUAAUGACGACGACGAGGAUGCCGACGAGUACGCCGACGAGGCAGAGGACAAGUUUGGCGACGACGACGAGGAGAAAGGCGCUCGUGAGAGGCGGACGCGCGGCGAGGUGGACGGGUUCGACGGCCGUCGUGCAGGAACGCUCGACCUCACCCCGGAGCUCCUUGCGGCGUUCACAAAGGUGUUGGAAGAGCGUGGUGUCGACCUCCAGUUCACGUAUGGUGACUGGAGCGGCAUGGCAACCACCCUCGCAGACGAGGUGCCCUACUCGCUCGUCCUCACCGCCGAGACCAUCUACGCAGAGGAGAGCCAGCGUGCGCUCCUGGACGUCCUCCAGACCUCGGCGCGGUACACUGCUCCUCUCAAGGAGACGGCUCGUGCGCCUGCCUCUCUCGAGGCCUCGCUCGACUCCCUCAGCGUGCGCGACGACUGGGCGCGCCAACCGCUCUCGGCCGAGACACCGGAGCCGGUCGUCCUUGUCGCUGCCAAGGUGCUCUACUUUGGCGUCGGUGGUGGCCUCGACAGCUUCCUCGCACAGGUGGCUGCUGAGAAGCAGGGAUGGAGUGUGCGUGUGCGCGAUUGGGUCAAGGGUGUGGGCCGUGCCGUUGUGCGAGUGGGGUGGCAGGCUUAG